CAGGCGUGCUCUGCUGCCCACUUCACAGCUGAAGCAACUAUCAGGAGAAUGAUUGUGGCUUUACCAGCCUUUUAAAAUGCCACAAGUGGUUGUUGCCAGCCAUCACCUGCACCUUCUCAUUUCUUGGCUUAUCUACUAGUGUACCCCAGUGUGAACAUGUGUGUCUGGUAAGUGCUGACUGGAAGUUUUGCGUCUGAAUCUGCUUCUGGGAUCCCAGCUUGGACAUUGGCAGCAGCACUGGCAUCUGUGUCUUGAAUGACAUCUUUUGCAGCCUUUGUCUUCAGUGAUUGUUUUCAGACCACAGUAAUGGGAAGCUUUGCAAAAGUAAUUCCUCUGAGAUUUUUUUUUUUCCUGGACUUCUCAACCUAUGCCAUAAACUUUCAUAUGCAGUGUCCUUAUGGGCCACUUUGUGCUCUUUUCUGUGGACCUUAUUAACAGCCCUGCAGGACAGAUGCUUCUGUUAAUCACCCUCUGGAGGUGUUAGCCAGUAUGAAAUCCUGCUGUUUCCCAUGCUAGCACUAACUCUGCAGUGGAAGCAGGUGUUCAAACUAUUAAAAACAAACAACACAAAACCAAAAAACCCAGCCAUGUGGAACUUUGUUUUUCAGGGGGGCACACGGAUCUCUGAACAGCUUGGAGAUAUUCUUCCAGAGAUCUUUUAUCAUAAAAGCAGCUUAAGUGACUCACUCUUUCCCUGAGGAUAGUCUUAAAACAACUCUGCUAAUUUCAUCUUUUAGUGGUUAGAAAAAAGGAUUUAUUUUGUGCUGUCUUAAAAAAAAAAAAAAAAAUUAACCAAGCCCUCCCCUCCCCCCCCCCUCCAAAAAAAAGCGCCCCAGCAUAUUUUGUAAAAAGUCAAUGGCCGUAUUUCCAUGUGGAUUUGGGCUAUAUUUAAUAUUAAAGGUCUGUAGGGCUCGCUAACACAUGGGCUGACAGGCAAGUGCUUCAGUGAAAGAUUCAGCACUAUUUUUAGUUCUCUUACAACAAACCACUUGAUUGUAAGGCCCGGGGAACUGCGACAUCGUGAUCGUGAGGGGUCUGCUGGAAAAGGCGGCGGAGGAGACAGGGGAGCUUGCUAGCUAUGCCAAGGACACCCAGCUGAUGCAGAGAAGCACCCAUCACGGUCAGGAGGAGACCGAGAGCGGAUGACAGCUAAUCAUGAGACGUACCUUCUUAUGGCGAGCACACAGAAUGACAUGGAGGAUUGGGUGAAAUCCAUUCGCAGGGUUAUAUGGGCGCCAUUUGGAGGAGGUAUUUUUGGCCAGAAGCUGGAAGAUACUGUCCGAUAUGAAAAGCGAUAUGGGAACCGCCUGGCUCCUAUGUUGGUGGAACAGUGUGUGGAUUUUAUCCGACAGCGGGGGCUGAAUGAAGAAGGCCUUUUUCGACUGCCUGGGCAGGCCAACCUUGUGAAGGAGUUACAGGAUGCGUUUGACUGUGGAGAGAAGCCUUCUUUUGACAGCAAUACAGAUGUGCACACAGUGGCAUCACUGCUUAAGCUGUACCUAAGGGAACUCCCAGAACCAGUCAUACCAUAUGCAAAAUACGAAGAUUUUCUUUCCUGUGCCAAAAUGCUCAGCAAGGAGGAAGAAACGGGCCUGAAAGAACUGGUGAAGCAAGUGAAGAGCCUGCCAGCUGUCAAUUAUAAUCUGCUGAAAUACAUUUGUAGAUUCCUUGAUGAAGUCCAGUCUUACUCAGGCAUAAACAAAAUGAGUGUGCAAAAUCUGGCAACCGUUUUUGGCCCCAACAUCCUUCGCCCCAAAGUGGAAGACCCUCUGACUAUCAUGGAGGGUACAGUAGUAGUCCAGCAGCUAAUGUCAGUGAUGAUUAGCAAACAUGAAGAGCUGUUUCCCAAGGAUGCAGAUCCUCAGAUGGGACCGGAGGUAUGGAACAACAACAAUGAAAUGCCAAAGAAAGCAACUGCAGGGCAGCUACAGAACAAAGAGACCGCCACCACCAAGGAGACGGCAGUGAGGCGCUGUUCCUGGGACAAACCGGAGUCUCCCCAGAGGGGAAGCAUGGACAAUGAACCUCCAACUGCUGUGCCAGGCAGCAAGACAAAUAGCCCCAGGAACAGCAUCCAGAAGGUGGAUGUCACCAGAAGCCCACCACUCAUGGUGAAAAAAAAUCCUGCUUUUAAUAAAGGCAGUGGCAUAGUCACUAACGGGUCCUUCAGCAGCUCUGUAGAAGGCCCUGAGAAGAGCCAGACCUUACCAAACUGUACCCUGCAAACCCGGAGAACGUCAUCCCUGAAAGGACCGGUGACAAAGAUGGGCACACACAGUGUGCAGAACGGAGGUGUGCGGAUGGGUGUUUCCAGCACAGACGGGCACAGCAACACUCUCAACAGCCGGAGCCCGGGCUGCGUGCCCAAUGGCUACGUCACGCUGAGGGACAACAAGCAGAAGGAAUCGGUGAGUGAGUCAGGCCAGCACAACAGGCUUUCCACCUACGACAAUGUCCACCAGCAGUUCUCUAUGGUGAACUCUGAUGACAAACAGAGCGUGGACAGUGCCACCUGGUCAACGUCUUCUUGUGAAAUAUCCCUCCCUGAGCACUCCAACUCCUGUCGUUCAUCCACCACCACCUGCCCUGAGCAGGACUUUUAUGUGGGUAACUUUGAAGACUCUGUGCUGGAUGGACCACCACACGAAGACCUCUCUAACCCAGGUGACUAUGAGAACAAAAGUGACAGAAGGAGUGUGGGAGGCCACAGCAGCCGAGCCACCAGCAGCAGCGAUAACAGUGAAACGUUUGUCACCAGCAGUACUAACAAUCACAGCGCUUUGCACAGCCUGGUGUCCAGCUUGAAGCAAGAGAUGGCCAAGCAAAAACUAGAGUAUGAAACAAGGAUUAAAAGCUUGGAGCAGAGAAAUCUCACCCUGGAGACAGAAAUGAUGGCUCUGCAUGAAGAACUGGAUCAAGAGCGAAAGAAGUUCACAAUGGUAGAAAUCAAAAUGCGUAAUGCAGAACGGGCCAAGGAAGAUGCAGAGAAGAGGAAUGAUAUGUUGCAGAAGGAAAUGGAGCAGUUUUUCUCCACUUUUGGAGAACUGACAGUGGAGUCUCGCAGACCAGAAAGAGGCAACACCAUCUGGAUUCAGUGAGCAUUGGAAACAUAGACUGUGGGACUUUGGGGAAGGGCUUGGGGGUAUUAUACUGUAUCAGGUGGCUGGUCACCUGUCUGAGGCUAGUACUCAACAUAAUGUUAUAAAAACUGAAGGAAAAAAUCGUACAGACAUUAACCACUCAUAUCUACAGUGUGUACUUACCAAGUUAUACUCUUUGAAUGCUUCACGAGACUACUGUCAAGUGUUACAACUGGAUACGUGUAUAUAAAUUUUUAAAAAGUCACCUUAGAGAGCAAGAGAUGUAUCUCAAGAAAUAUUUUAAUGCAAGUCUUGUAUUUAAACUGGUAAAUUGAAAUGUUGCAGUCAAGCUUUAUAUCAAGGCUUUUCUCCCUUGCACUUAACAUAAUAAGCUAUUUUUGGCAUUGUGUUACCAUCAGCUUAUUUUGUAUAUUGUAUUUUUUUUGUUUUUGUUUUGUUACCCCUCUUGCUGGGGAGUGAAGAUAAACAGAUAUGUCAAGGUAUAUGUGCCAGUCGUUAACCAUGAUUCGCGUCACAUCUAAAAAGAGCAGGAUGAGAAGCAGCAGCACCCUAUGGGCAAAAUAAGGCGGUACUAAUUUAACAGAAUUGAUGGCCAGGGUAGAAGGUACCAGGGCACGCAUAUCAUAAAAACCAAAUGAGGAUAUCAAAUCAGCAAGACUGGGGACAGUGUCAAAAGGGUAAACAGCUGCUUGUUUGGCAGAAAAUAUGGGUGGCAGAGUAAGAAGUUGGGAGAGGGGAAAGGAGAACUUAAGGGGGCGUCAAUCACACGACCAGAGCUUUUUGGUGUACCCUAAAGAAGCCCUGUGCCUGAUCACUGGAGCUCAGAGCAGGAAUGUAAACCGGUUGUUCUGACCAUAUUUGCAUCUGACUUACCUGUGUACUCUGCAUGAAAGUGAGUCCUUUUUGUAAACCUUGUCCGUGUGAUGGCUGCUGAAAAAAAUAACAAAAAGAAUUAUGUCCAGAGUAGAAAUUACCAGAGCAACUGUGUAACAAACAGCAAAUAGGGAAGAAAACACCAACAUGUUCACCACCCAUAUUUACAGUGUAUAUUAGCAAGUUAUCAUACUGUCUGAAUGCUUCAUGAAAUUACUGUCAAGUGUUACAACUGUGAAAGCUCCCAGGCUCACAGCAUCACCAAGGGAAAACCUAGAGGGAACAGCCCAGAGCCUAACAGCAUACAGUGUGCCAGUGAAAAAGAAACAGCAAACCCAUGCUGUAAAUUAAUAAGUUGUUUGGCAUCUUUAUAUAUAGUAAGUGUAACUGGUAUUUUCUACACCAGGGUAAGGAUUUUUUUGGUUUUAACUUUGAGUUUAGGACUGCAAGCUGUAUUAUUAGAAAGGGUUGUUGAGACAUCUUGGCUUCCCUCUACUGUCUCUUAAAUAUAUUGCAAUUAUUUUUUAAUUCCAAUUGAGAAAGAAUGAUGAAGGUAGCCUCAAAGAACGUUCUUGGUUAUAGCAUGUAUAUUAGUCAAGUAUUAAUUAGAUGUGGGAAUUAUAUUGGGAAGUAAACAUGAGAUUAACAUUUCAGAGAAAUACUAACUCGCAAUGGAGCAUUACACUUGGUGCUUGUGGAUACAUUGUUUGUGUCUGGUGAAGUUCAGAGUCCCCAGACAGGGCACCCAUUACAGUAAUUACUGUGAACAUGUCUAGUGCACAUCCAGCCUGUGUGUAAAUCAGAAAAAGUCAGACAGGGAGAGAUCAAGGUAGUAGAAAGGAGUAGGUUUUAUAUCAGUUGGCAGCAAUCACAAGAUGUCCCCACAGUGGUGAGAGAAGAAAAUUAACUAUGUUAAUUCUGAUUUUUAAAUUGAAUGAGAGAGACCUUAAUAUCUGAUGCAGUAGACCUCAAAAUCGACUCAAUUUAAGCAGUAUCUGACAUCUGUUGACAUGACAGCACAGUCUGAAAGAGAAGUAUUUUCUUAACUGGAAUUCAUAUUUUUACACUAGAUGUAUACAGUAGUCCCUGCAGCAGUCUCCUGGGGUGGUGGAAGUCUCAUUUUGAUUUCCUUUAGCAGUCCCUAUGCCAUUCAAGCACUGUUGUUCUCUUAAAAUUUAAAGGAAUACACAGUUCCUAUGACUUAUUCAAGGACCUGUGUAAAUAAGGACCUAAAGUUCAGUCGAUGCAGGCAUGGCAGAGGGUGGCCAGUGAGGCAGCGGGCACAGGUGCUGCUCCAAAGUUAUCAGCUGAUAUGAUGGCAAAAAUGACAGCUACAUGACAAAAUUUUAUUUCUGAUACUUGUUCAAAAUUGAUGAGGAAUAGGAAUUUCAUUUCAUGUGCACAUCUGCCUCCAACACCCUAGGCUAUACAAUAUGCAGGGAAGGGAAGGUAUUUGUAGUCCAUGUACUUAGAAGUCUGUGUUCAAUUUGAUUAUGGUUGGUCUUCACAGGAACUGACUGGAUGCUUCCAGAGAUUUGUAUGUGCUGCAUGUUUUCCUUAUUUGAACAGGUUUCUUUGUACACAUCUGUUUCUGAACUCAGAUUAUUUGGUCAUUGAUUGCUUUCUGAGAGUUAAUCCUUGGUAUACCCCUAAAUCGACCCCCAAAUUACAAGAAUGCAGUUCAGAGUGGGUUUUCUGUUUAUCUUCAGGUCUUUGUAUUCACCAUGCCUGAGAUGGUUUAUAAGACAAACUAUUUUAGUGAAAAAUCUUCAUUUUUGGCAUAUGUAGAUCCUCCUCAUUUUUAUAUUGCUCUUUUUGAGGAUUGCCAUUAAACACUCUUGACUGAGACUGAA